AGACCGGCAAUGGCUAGCGAGAGCAGCGAUGACGCCCGCCGCAAGUCGGCGAUUGCGGAGUACCGGAAGAAGCUUCUAAGUCACAAAGAACUUGAAGGCCGUGUUCGAUCUGCAAGGGAGAAUUUAAGAACUACAAAGAAGGAGUAUGCUAAAACAGAAGAUGACUUGAAAUCACUCCAGAGUGUUGGGCAGAUCAUAGGAGAAGUUCUAAGGCCUCUGGACAAUGAGCGCUUGAUAGUCAAGGCCAGCAGUGGCCCAAGAUAUGUGGUGGGUUGCCGCAGUAAAGUGGACAAAGAUAAACUUACAGCAGGCACCAGGGUAGUUCUUGAUAUGACAACACUCACAAUAAUGCGAGCUCUUCCUCGUGAGGUAGAUCCAGUUGUUUAUAAUAUGCUCCAUGAAGAUCCUGGAAAUGUUAGUUAUUCUGCUGUGGGUGGCCUGUCAGACCAAAUCCGAGAAUUGAGGGAAUCCAUAGAAUUACCUCUAAUGAAUCCUGAACUCUUCAUUAGAGUUGGCAUCAAACCUCCCAAGGGUGUACUUCUCUAUGGGCCUCCUGGAACUGGGAAGACAUUGUUGGCCAGAGCUAUUGCGAGUAACAUAGAUGCCAAUUUCUUAAAGGUUGUAUCAAGUGCUAUUAUCGAUAAGUAUAUAGGUGAGAGUGCAAGGUUGAUCAGGGAAAUGUUUGGGUAUGCUCGUGAUCACCAGCCAUGCAUCAUAUUUAUGGAUGAGAUUGAUGCCAUUGGUGGACGUCGGUUUAGCGAGGGAACUAGUGCUGACCGUGAAAUUCAAAGGACCCUUAUGGAGUUACUAAACCAGCUUGAUGGGUUUGAUCAGCUCGGAAAGGUUAAAAUGAUAAUGGCAACAAACAGACCUGAUGUUCUGGACCCUGCACUUCUUCGUCCUGGUCGCUUAGAUAGAAAAAUUGAAAUACCAUUGCCCAAUGAACAGUCAAGGAUGGAAAUUCUGAAGAUCCAUGCAGCUGGAAUAGCCAAACAUGGCGAAAUUGAUUAUGAAGCUGUUGUUAAACUUGCAGAGGGUUUUAAUGGGGCUGACCUUCGUAAUAUUUGCACGGAAGCUGGUAUGUCAGCAAUUCGUGCGGAGCGUGAUUAUGUCAUCCAUGAAGAUUUCAUGAAGGCUGUGAGAAAACUAAAUGAAGCGAAGAAACUUGAAUCCAGCGCGCACUAUAGCACUGAUUUUGGGAAGGAUUGAAAUGCCUUGUAGUCCAUACGGGAUGGGAGCAAAACAGGUCUCGGUAGAUGUGGUGUAUCAUCUUCUCAGAAGAUCCUGUGACAGGGUGCAGUUUCUAUUGGACAUUUGUUUUUCACUUUUUGAGUCUCUCUGGUAUCUCUGUAUUUUAAUUCACUAGCUGCAAGCAAAUAUAGUUCUUUUUAUUACGUGGAACAAGUCUGUUGUGUUGAUUAUUA